UUGAUGCGAGUAUAGAACAUCGCCAUUUUUGUAAACGCGCGUAGUGUGGCUUUUAUUUAACGUUUUAGAACAACAUGAGCAUUGCUGCUCUUUUACAAGCAGCUGAAUUCCUCGAAAGAAGAGAAAGAGGUAUGAACAUAAUGAAUGCUUCUAUUUUUCUUCUAAAGGCAGAACACGGGUAUGCAUCGUCUAUGCCAGUACAAACGGAGAUUACUCGACGAAAACCCAAAUCCAAAAAAUCUCAGGGAAACAGAUCAACUCAUAAUGAGUUGGAAAAAAACAGAAGAGCACAUUUAAGGAACUGCUUAGAAAAAUUAAAGGAACUUGUCCCUUUGGGCCCUGAAUCCAGUCGUCAUACCACCUUAGGUCUUUUGACCAAAGCCAAAGCAUUUAUUAAGACACUUGAAGAGAAAGACCGCAAAAAUAAAGAACAAAAAGAACUUCUCAUGGAACAACAAAGGAGAUUAAGGCGUCGCUUAAAUGAAUUGGGUCGUUAUAAUGUCAUAACAGCGCACAAAAAAAGAAAAAUCAGUGAAUGUAGUUCUGGAACUUCGAUGUGUACCAAUUCCUCUGCUUCUGAAACUGAUGAAGUAGACAUAAUUGGUUAUAAUAGUAACCAAAGUGAUACUGAUGAUCACAGCAGCAUCCAGAGUCUAACAAGUGAUGGUGGUGUAGUCAUCAGUACUAAAAGACAUCCACUGGAUGAGCAGACUGCCAUCUAACACUGCCAGGUUUGUUGUCCUCCUCCGCUGAUUAGCACAAUAGACUGUGUCCAGAUAGUUGUAUUAUAUGGAAGGUUCUAUGACCUCUACCAAAUAUAUCUCAUUGAGAUCCAUAAUUGGGAAGGAAUACAGUUGUUGAUAAAUGUAUGUUUUGGAUUAAAGGAUACAAAAUGGAGCACAACUAUUGCUGAUUCUUAGAUUGAAUGAUGAUGACUAUUUUGCAAUAUGAUUGCUGUUAAUGUCUCAGAUGCUGUCUGAAACAGGACUUGAAAUACAUGUAGUUGUUACUACAUGAUAAGAAUUAUCAGAGCCAUUAAACGGGAGUAAAGUAUGUCAUUGAGCUGUGGAAAGUAUAAAUGAAUGCUAAAUAAAUUUAGAAUACAUGCAUUUACUCACAGUUGGUUAAAAGUUUGUUUUAUAUGUGAUAUUAGGCAUUAUAAAGUAUUCUUAUAACACAAUUCAUGAUUGAAAUUUUACAGAACUUGUCUGACCUAAUAUUUCAAGUCCUGUUUGCUUACAUAAAGAUAAAUAUUUUUGCCAUCUGGUCUUAAAAUGAUCUUUCUACCAAAGUAUUGAAGUAGUAGGUAUAUCAUCCUACAUGUGCAAUUAUUGCCAUUUCAUUUGGUAAUUUAUAAAUAUUAAGUAUUUUGUUCGUAUACAUUCCUUUGUAAUAUUUUAAAUGGUUGUUUUAAUAUGUUUAAAAAAAUUAAAUUGUGUAAAUUAUAUGAAUGUAAAAUUUUAUUUAUAUAUAAAUAUAUAUAUACGGUGUCAUAUGUUUGGUUUCUUAAGAUUUCUCAGCAUUUACUGGAAGUCAUUGAGUCAUAUGACCAUGGAAAGUAAUUUGCAUAGUUUCCAGCUGUCCCGGUUUUUAUUCUCAACUCCCGGUCUCCCAUCACCAACUUUCCCGGUUUUUAAUUUUUAGCCUUUUACUAAGGAAAACUAUAAUAGAAAAUACUCCCUAUCAAUAAAUGCAAUUUAUUGAAUCAAUGAAACAUUAAACUGUGCAUAUUCUAUUCCUCCAUCCUAAUUAUUUUCAGCAUAAUUCUUCUUACUAAAUUUUAUUUGAUCUUAAUUUAAAUUGUCUUAAUCUACUGUAGACAUUAGUAGAAUCUUUUCUGAAGAUUCCACCCAUGUUUGAUGAGUUAAUAAUUUUUAUUUAAUUUAGCUGUACUUGUACAUAGUGUGCUACUAAUUUUGUCAGCACAAUAGUGUAUACAUAAAUUAUUAAUUUUAUUUUCAUUGUAUUUAAAAGUACUAUGGUAUAAAUAAAAACAGUCCUUAUAUACUCAGAAUUAUCCCAGCACAAAAGUGUAAAAAAAUUCUAAAACUAAAUUAGCUAAAAGAAAAAACUAUCACUGUGCCAUUCAAAAACUUCAUAGAAAUUUCAACUUUUCACGUGAGAACCUUCCGGUUUUAUGUAUUGCAAGGUUGGCAGCUACAAAUUUCUGCCUGACUGUGCUACUAAAAUAUUUGCAUUUGGCUUUUAACAAAUUCCCAUUUAAAAAAGUUCUUUUAAGAAAGGAAACAAAUCUGACUGAUAUUUCCUAGAACAAGGGAGUAUGCAGUUGCUCAAUGAUAGACAUAGUCAGGUAUAAUAAAAUGAGUAGAAUAUAUUGAAAGAUAUUCGCUUAGAUGCCUGUGUACGAAAUACAUUAAAUUCAUCUUUAAUUAAUAUAAAACUUUAUGUGCACCUUAUAAAGUAGCCAUGCUUAGUGUUUAAGAUUUUGCUACAUUUUACUGAAUGAAUUUGAUUUACAUACGUUUUUACCGAUUUCUUAACAGGUUUUUUUUUUUUUUUUUUUAUUUUGGAUAUGGAAAUUUCUAUAACGUUACUUGUUCUUAAGUAAGAGAAGUCUUACUAAACUCCUGCUUAACUGAAUUGCAGAUUAACUGGGCCCAAUCUAGGAAAAACGUUUUUUGCAGGCCUGUGAAAAAGUGUUUUGUUUUUGAAAAUCAUAAAGAAAAAAACAAGAAUGCAUGGAAAAGAACAAUGAAUAUGAUGGUGAUAUUAAUAUACCAUUUUCUUAAUUGGUCAUAAUCCGAAAUAUAUAAGCAUCGUUAAAUUGUCCAUUAAUAAACAGCUCAGCUGUAAAAUGGUGUAAAAUGUUACUGUGUUUCAUGUUAACCCCUUUUGAAGUACAACAGCAAUGUAAAUAAAUGCAGUACAUGUCCCCUCGCCAAAAAGGGAAAUGACUAAGUGAUAAAACCUCUGAGUAUAUUAUUAUGAGGGUACACUUUUAGCUUUUAGAAACUAUUUAUUUACAAUCUUAGAAUGUAUAAUCACAGAGAACUGCAAUACCAGCAUAGUUCUAUUUUCAAAUCUGUAUCCAAAGUGUUGCCAAUUACAAGUUACUAAAUAUUAAAUGUUACCAUUGACAAAUUAUUAAAUAUUACAUCUUCUGUUUUUUAAAAAGUUCAAAAGUUUUAACAGUCUAACAUCAGCCCAAAUACCUGGCCGGCUUUCUAAUCACUCUCCCACUUCUAGUUCUUAGCUCACCAUUCCUUGUUUCUGAGUUAGCAGAGUUUGGUAGUUGAUUUUCUAAACUUUGCCCUUGAGAAUAUCUGGAAUCAUAUCCUUUUACAUCUGUUUUCUGUGUAUUAACUCCUUGUUCUGUUCCUCUGAUAUUCUCUUUAACAGCUAAACUGUUUUCUCUAAUAUCUUUCCUAUUUCUUCUCAAUACUGAUCCACCUGAUCUAAGUAUAUAUGAUCUACGUGUCUUAUGCACUUCUUCUACAACUGCUGGUUUCCAGCGAUUAUCUUGAUAUACCCGAACACAAUCUCCUUUAUUUAGCGAUGGUAAUGUUUUUGUAUGACGAUCAUAAUAUGACUUCUGUUUAGUUCUUUCUUGGUUGAUUUUUUUCUUUUACAUUUUUCACAAGUUGAGGCUUAAGUAAUUCUUCAGAUGUAGGAAGAAUCGUUCUUGUUCUUCUACUCAUAAGUCGUUGAGCUGGUGAUCCUAGCAUCUCAUUAGUUGGAGUGUUCCUAUGAGCUAACAAUGCUAAAUAAGGAUCAGCAUGAUCUGCUUGAGCUUUCUUUAACAAUUUCUUCGCCGUUUGUACUGAACGCUCUGCUAAUCCGUUCGACUGUGGAUGGUAUGGACUGCUUGUUAUAUGUUUAAAUUGGUAUUUGUUUGCAAAUUCUUUACUUGCAAACUGAGGUCCAUUAUCAGAUAUCACUAUUAAUGGUAUACUGUAUCUUGCAAAAUGAGAUUUCAUGUAACUGAUCACUGUCUGACUUCGAGUAUCUGGUAGUUUGGAGAUUUCAAAAAAGUUGGAAUAGUAAUCUACAAUUAAUAAAUAUACAUUUUUGUUAACCUCAAAUAAAUCUGUCGCAACUUUAUACCAAGGUAAAUUGGGAAUUUCAUGUGGUAUCAUAGGCUCUCUUAUGUUUUUGUUCUGGUAUUCAUUACAUAUAGAACAUUUCGAAAUUUUAUCUUCUAUGUGCUUGUUCAUAAGUGGCCAAAACAAAACAUCUCUAGCUCUUUUCUUACAUUUUUCUAUACCAAAAUGACCAUUUACAAAUUGUUAAUAUUAAAUGGUAAUAUUAAAUGUUACCAUUUACAAAUUAUUAAAUAUUACACUGAGCACUGGUAGUUCAGUCUGUGCUUCGAAUCCAAGACUAGCUGCAUGGCCGUUUUCCAUGGUUUUGUCCUUGUGCAACAUGUAUACAAGCCAAUUUCAUUUAGAAAGUCCUCCACCAAGGCAUGCCUGCUCUUAGGCAGAUAGCUUUUGAGUGCUUUGCUACGUAGUUAUAGAAACCAAACCAAACUCCAAGAAAGAAAAUUUAGCAGGUGCUCUUCUGUUGGCUUCAUCUCUCUCAUCUUACUCCUGAUUUGUUAUUUCUGACAUAUUUUCCAUAAUUCCUUCAAAUUUUUCUCAAGUAACUGCCCCGUAUACAUAUAAUUUGUUUUUCAUUGUCAAAACGUUUUUGUGAUCAGUGGUACUAUUUCAAGUAAUUUUGCUUUGCUUUUGUAAGAAAAAUGUAUUAAAAAAGUACAAGUUUUUAGUUCUUUCCAUUCAUUAAAAACUUGAACUAACUACUAAACUGAAGAAUAGAUCAAGCAUGAUUUGAUAUCUUUAUUGUAUAACGUAGACUAGCAAACUGUGUUUGAUUUAUAUUAAGGAACUGAAGGGGGAAAAAAUCAUGGGCAAGGACUUUAAUAAAACUGUGUUGGAGUGGUUUCGCAGGCACAGUGAAAUCCUAUAGUAAAAUUAUUUGUAUUAGAAUUUUUUUCUAAACAAUUAGGAUUUGAAGGCGAGUUCAGUGCAUCAUUGGAAUACCACAUAUGAUUCAAAAAGUGCCAUGGCAUUCUAGAGUGAAAAUUGAAUUUCUAAGCAGUAACUAAUGCUGGAAAGGAUUUCUGAAAUAAGUUUAAUAAGUUAGUGUGGUUGAAAAAUUGCUUUUAGAACAAAUACAUGAUGUUGAUGAAUCUGGUUUAUUGUAAAAAUGCUUAUCUACGAAAACACUAGUGUUUGAAAAAGAUAAAAAUGCUCCUUAAUUACAAGACCAGUUAAUCAUUUGUAACAAUUGUGGUAGGAAAUUAUAAACUGAAUCUGGUUGUAAAUCAGAAAGGUGUAAAUACUGAGGUCUUUUAAAAGGAAGAAAGCAAAUCAACUAUUUGUUCCUUAUUUGUCAGGAAAAAAUGAUAAAAAAAUAAUCAUUUUUCAAUAGUAAUUAAAAAAGACUUCCUGAAAAAGCAGUCUCAGUGUUAGAUGAUUUAUCAUGCCAUUCAAGUGAGUUAGUACUAAGAUCUAAAGAUGGAAAUGUAUUUUAAAAUGCUUGCUUCGUAAUAUGACAGCUGUAAUACAGGGGUCAUUGCAACAGUCAAAUAGAAAUACUGCUCUUUAGUAUUGUGUAAAUUCAUUGAAGAAAGCUAAGAUCUUGCAACAUUUUAAAAAACAUUUUCAAUCUUGCAUGCAGUCUUUGAGAAUGCAAAAGGUAAGGCCAUCAUUCUCAAGAAAUCUUGGAAGAAAUUUCUGCUGACACAAAAAUUAUUACUCGCAGAUCUUGCCUGGAUGACAAGCAAUGUGCCUGGCAAUAAAAAUGUGGAUAAGAAAAACAUUUUGGAAUGGGUACAGUAUGAUUAUGAGUUGCCCAGAUUUGAAAUCUUCACCGACAUAUAAAUUAUGAAUUGUGCAAAAGGCAGAAAUCAAGAGACAAUGAGUGAGAAGCGAGGAGCUGUCAGAAGACAAAAUAGCUCAUGCACAGUGUGUAGGUUUUACUGUAUCACAUACCUACUUAGAAAGGGAAUAUGAUAGUCAUGAAAGAAAACUUUGCCAAAAAGCAAAACGUUCUAACUGAAUUCUUAUACAAAUUUUAAACUUAAUAAUAUUGUUAUAUUGUACUUGAAUGUCAUAACUUAUUUUCAUCAUUUCUGAUCAUGCAUGUUCAUAUGUAUAAUGGGUUCUUUUUUUACUAUUGAUGUAACUUAUGUAACUAAAUGAACUUAUUCUCUAGAUUAAACUGAUACAGGUAAAUUCUAAAUAUCUUCUAUCAAUUAUAAUACUGGUUAUUCCUUCUUUUGAUUCUAACUGCUUUUGUAUCAACAGUAAUAUUGCAUUAAUCAUGUGUGUCAUUCACAUUAUUACCUUUGUUAAUUGAAAGUCUACCAUAGUUGUAUUUUUUUUAAAAAAAUCUUCAGGUAGUAACUCUUAAUUUUUAAACGGACACAUUUAAAAUGUUGAGCAAGCUAGGAUGCUAAAAAAUGUUUUAUUUUUUUGGAAUGACCUCUAGGACAUGCACUUAAUGUUAAUUCUAAACCAAGCAUAAACACCAUGUGUAUAUAUGUAUAUAUGCAAUUUUAAGUGAGUAAUUAAGAGUAUGAAAUAUAUCUGAUAUGCCAUAUUAAUUUUAAAAUUGUAACUUUUGGCAUUUGAAUUUCAGUCUUCAAAAUAUACUCAUUCAAAUUGCUAUUUAGAUUUAUUUGUUAAAGCCGUUGUGAAAGAACAGGAGUUUAUUUUAAUAUAUGGAUUUUUAUAUUUACUUUUUAUUUUAUAGAUUAUGAAGUUGUGUGUUGAAUGAAUGUUUGAAUAUAAUUUCUGUUUUAAAUCUGAGUUAAAUAGCUAAAUAUUAUGUAUAUUAAUUUACUGAAAACAUUUAAAGAAUUUCAUCCAUUGUAUAUCUGUUCUAAUAUGUAUCUUCUACCACUUAAAUUUGGGAUUAAUGAAUUCAUAAAUGUUCAGUCAUCUGUGUUAAUGUGGCCAUACACACACAUGAUGUGUGUAUGCCCAUUAAGACUGUACGUGUGCAUGUGUAUGUGUAUGUAUGCAUGUGUAUGUAGGUAUAUUAAUUUGUGAGAGAGUGGCCAUGUUUACUUCAAGAUAUAUAUUUGUAUAUGUUAUACUAAUGCAUUUUAAUUUCAUUGGAUAUUUAGUUUUUAAUUUAUGAUUAAAUUAUUAGAAACAAAAUGCUUAUAUGUGAAUAGAAGAGCACUUUUAUUUUAAAUCAUUUUUAAAUCUUUAUGAUAUAAUUCAGUCAUUCUUUCAAUUUGUGGUGGUGUAGAACAAAGCAAAAUCGUUCUAUUCUGCCAAAAUAUGUUUUAUUAUGAAGUAUUAUACCUCUUUAUUUUAAAAUAUUAGCAAACUAUAUGUUAUGUUUUCAUUUUUAUUAUGAAAUCAUCAACAUUUUAAAAACCAAAAUGCUUGUUCAUAUAUUACAUAUCAUAAUGCAUUCAGCAUAAUUGCAAUGAUUAUAAAUUCACUAAAAUUUAUGCAGUCAAAUUGUUCAUUUUGUUUAAUUAUUUGUCUUAAUUUUUUAAUGCUUAAUUUUUAUUGUAAAUUUUUUUUCACUUACAUUUAAAUUUAGGGAGGGAGAGUUAUCUUGUUUUACACCAUUGGAUUGCGUUUUGUCAAAUAAUCAUCCUCUUAAGUGGAAGGCCUUUUUAUUUUCUAAUUCUGUUUUAUGAUUUAAAUCAUUUGUACAUAUUGUACUUCAUACUAUUUAUCAGUAGAAAUGAAAAACUGAAAUCAAAAUUGUUGAAUUGAUAAAUCAGUAUUUUUUUAGCUUUGUAUGAAAUUUAAAUGUUCUUUUGAGACUUAAAAAAUACUGAUCCCAGUAUCCAGAAUAAAAGGCAGGAUAAAAAAAAAAAUCAGGCAGAAAAUUUUAUCCUUUAACUUGUAAAGAUUAUCCAGUGACCUUCAAAAGCUAAAUUUAAAUAAUAAAAUUUCUUUGCCCGUAGAUCUUGAGAAGUUGAAGUCAUAAAAUAUUAGUUUUUGUAUUCACUCUUUCAUUAUCUAUAAAUUUAUAUAACUCAUUCAUCUAACAGUUUCUUAAAUUUUAAUGCUCAGCGACAAUACUCAAACUUACGUGUAGUUUACACAGUUAUUAGUAACUACUUAUUUACUCAAAAGAAGUUAUCCCCGAUUGAAGUAAAUAUGUAUUGCUUGUUUUCUAACUGAAAAGCAUUGUGUGCAGUCUCAUAAAAUCAAUAUUUUGCUGUAUAUUUUAAACCUUCUUGGCCUAGUAAGGCAUGAGAAUGCAAGAAAUCUCAUAGUGUAACCACAGCGAACAUGACGGGUUCAUUGCAAUAUUUUUACGAUGCAGGUUGUAUGUUAUGUUAUUAAGAAAAUCAUUCAAUAAGUUCAGUUGCAUGAAUAAAAAGGAAAUAAAGAAGAAGUUGAGCUUGCUUUCCCAUCAGUAUUUACAGUAAUCAUAUGCAUAUGAUAUAUAAGGGGGGAAGGAGUACAUCUGUCUAAUCAGAGACAUAAAUAUUGCAUGCUAGAAAGUCUACAUAAAAAAUGUCUGUAUAAUGUAAUUAUUUUUUUAUACUACUGCCAAUAAUGUGAGGAAUGGCAAAACAUCAUGUUAAUAAGAGCCUCAUGUUAGAAUUAUGAGACAUCUAAGAACUGCAGUUAUAUCUUUGGUAUUUUAAAGGUAGCAAAACAGUUUUUACAUUACAGGAAAGAAUCAUUUCAGAUUGAAUGAGGUUUUUGCAUUCUUUAAUUAGUAUGGUGAUUUUUAAACUUGUGUCUUAUUCCAAUUUUUUUGCAUUCUGAAAAUACAGUAAUGUAAUUAAAAAUUUUAAACGUUUC